CUCGAUACAGCAUGGCUUGUUCAGUGAUUGAGAGGUCCAUGGAGGCAAUGCUGCUGCUUUUGUUCUUCCUAAAUCAUUUCACUGAAGUUGCAGGGGAUGUAGGCACUGCUGCAUCAUAUGAUCCUCCAUAUCUUCCAACAAAGUGCCCGGACUACAGCAGCUUGGAUCAGUUGCCAGAGACCGGGCUGUUUGUGGCGGCUGGCAGUGGCGUGUGGGACAACGGUGCAGCCUGCGGCAGGAAGUACCAGGUCCGGUGCCUCAGCGGCCUCCGACGGCCCUGCAAAGAUGGCUCCAUUAUAGUCGAAGUAGUCGAUUACUGCAGGUCCAGUCCCUGCCCUGCCACCUUCCUUUUGUCCAACAAAGCCUUCGGCGCCGUUUCCAGGAUUCCCAAUGCAAAGAUCAACAUCGAGUUCACGGAAGUAUGAUGGGGAGCCAUAUGGAUUUGGAUGGAAGAUGUAUUCAAUGUCUUGGCACAAUAAUAGAUAUGUAAAAUGGUAAAGAAUGAUGAACCUUCACAAUGUGCUAUAAUUUGAGGAAACAGUACCAGAGCAUCAAUC